AUGUCCAUUGAAGAAAUCCCACAAGGUGCUGAAGUCACCAUUGUCCCAAAGGCUGAGAAGAAGGCCAAGGAUGCUCUUUUGAAGCUCGGGUUGAAGCCAUUGAAGGAGAUCUCGAGAGUCACCUUCAGAAAGAAGAACAACACCAUUUUGGCCAUCGACAAGCCAGAGGUUUACAGAACCCUUGGUGGCUCCUACAUCAUUUUCGGUGAGGCCAAGGUCGAGGAUCUCAACAAGAGGUACCAGGAAGCUAUGGCUGCCCAACAGGCUGCCCAAGAGGUCAACGACGCUGUCAACACUCCUAAGGACGACUUGGCUGCCUCCAUCCAAGACGACUUGAAGAAGGCUUCGCUUGACGACAAGCCUGCUGAGGCUGAUGCCGAGGACGGCGAGCCAGCCGACGCCACCGGUCUUGAGGAGUCCGACAUCUCUGUCAUCAUGGAGCAAACCAACGCCUCCAGAAACAAGGCCAUCAAGGCACUCAAGGAACACAACGGUGACAUCGUCAACGCCAUCAUGUCUCUCUCCUAG